AUGUCGCGCAACGGUACCACUCUCUACGUUACCGGCUUCAGCCACGGAACUCGCGCACGCGACCUCGCGUACGAAUUCGAGCGCUAUGGCCGACUGGUCCGCUGUGACAUUCCUGCCCCGCGCUCCGCGAGCAGUCGUCUCUUUGCAUUCGUUGAGUACGAGGACCGCCGCGAUGCUGACGAGGCUUAUCAUGACAUGCACAACAAGCGCAUGGGCCGUGACGACAUUUUGAAGAUCGAGUGGGCGCGCACCCCUCCCUCGGCUUCGUGGCGUUUCGACCGCACUGAUCGCGACCGUGCUCCUCGUCGCUCUCCUCGCCGUCGCACUCCUAGCCCUAGACGUAGCGCUCGGGACUAUUCGCCUCGCAAGGACGACAGAGACCGUCGCGACACGCGUGAUCGUGACCGUGAUUAUGAUCGCGAUCGCCGCGACACCCGUGACCGUUCCCGCAGCCCGGAUCGCGAGCGUGACCGUGACGUCAAGGAUGAACGUGACCGUGAUGAUCGUGACCGUCGCGAGAACGGCACCAACGGUGACGACCGAAAGCCCAUUGACAGCCCGGAUCGCCCUGCGCACGACGACCUUGACGUCGCCGAGUAG